CAAGAUUGCUAAGACUCCUUUUGGAUUCAUCUAUUGAUUAGGUAAGUUUACUAAUCAUCAAGUUAAACUGAUGUAGGUUUUUAAACUUUGGGAAAUUGUUAAGCAUACCAAGGAGCAGUUUUUGGAUCUCUAUUUUAUGUUUAUCUAUUCAACGAACUAAACCUCAGAAUCAAAGCAUUUUUAUUCUCUAGUAUAGUCAUCGAGCCUUUUACGUUUUACGAGGUUUGAUAGAAUUGAAUAUCUCUUUCCUAUAGUUAUUAAGAUCACAUUUAGGAUUUUUAGAUCAUCUGAUGGUAAUUAUAAAUAGAGUGUCUUAAAGGUUUCAAUAUUAUCGAAAUCUUUUAUGGCCUCAACACUUUAAAUAAAUUUGCCUUAAGCUUCCAAAUUUUUAAGUUAAUAUAACCCACCUUAAUCUAAUUAAGCGAUUUGA